CGUAACAGUGCCGGGUUAUCAAGGUAAUCUGCAGGCUGCUGUUUCGCACAGUGCUCAGCUCGCUCCCUGGGAGCGCUUCGGCGUCGAGUUCAUCCUAACGUUCAUCGUCGUCCUGACUUAUCUGAUCUCGACAAACUCCUUCCGGAAGUACUUCGGAUCCGCGACGGUUGCCAUCGGUGCUGCGUACAGCGCCUGUAGCUUCGUAUCGAUGCCCUACCUCAAUCCGGCUCGUUCGCUCGGUCCUUCGUUCGUGCUGAACAAGUGGGACAGCCACUGGGUGUACUGGGUGGGUCCGUUCAUCGGUGGCAUCAUCGCCGGGCUGAUCCAUCAGUUUGUGUUCACACCGAAGCCCCGGUCCCGGAGUGCCACGAAGGCCGGCACGGGCUGUGCGAGUGUGGCCGCUAGUAGCACCGCCCCGGACGAGGUCAACAACUGUACGGUCGAUCUGAGUAAGCUCGGAGCCCAGGCAACCGUCGGAAAGUUCCAGAACAUGCGUCAUCACGCCGGGACACUUCCGUCACGCUUUUGUCACAGCAUGUACGCGCCCGGUGAUCAGCCGACGAUCAAGAUUGAACCACUGGAACCGAUCUACGGGGCGGCCAAGUCGAUGUUCGGCAAAUCACCGCAGAUGUCGCGCUCGAAUCUGAACCGCUCGCAGUCGGUGUACGCCAAGAGUAACACGGCUCUGAACCAGGAGCUACCGGCUACGGUUGCGGCUACGGCUACGCUACGCCCAGGGCAACUGGUGCCGGCCCAGAGUCUGUACCCGUUGCGAGUGUCCCAGCAGCCUCAUACGGCCCACAGCCAGAAUCAGAACGUGCAGAAUCAGCUUCACCAGCGCUCGGAGAGUGUGUACGGGAUGCGGAACGUAAUCCGGCAGCAGCAGCUGGCGGAGCACCUGUCGCAGCAGCUGGCCCCACGGCCCAGCCACACCCACUCGCAGGUGGCGGAAGUGCAGGGUUCCGGCCCAUUCCAGUCCAUCUACGUCCGGGGCAAUCCGAGCUGCUCGACCGAUGCACUCCGGGACGUCCAUGAGCAGGCCGGCUGCGAUAAGCUGCUGAACACGAUGGCCCGCGCCCAGGAGCGACCGGAAUCGCUGUACGCGGCCACCCGGCGCAUCCACUCGACGCACUCGGAUGACAGCUCGUACGGAUCGUACCAUGGGGCGGGGGGCCCGACGGCCAACGCUACUCCACCAACUCGGGAGCACUCCGGAGGGAGCUACGCGGGACUGCUGGGAGGUGGUCGGCCGAUGGGACAUUCGCACGGACACCGAGGGGUGAUCGUGCACGAUCCGAGCAGCACGAUGCCGCCACCGCUCAUGACCUGCAGCUAA